CUCUCUCUCUCUCUGUCUUUCUCUCACCCACCGAUCUCUCCGUUUCUCUCCCAAUUCCCUCAGAUCCGAUCCCGAUCUGAAACCCUAACCCUAGAAAUCCCAACCAUCUCCCCCCAAUGGAGGAGGUGCUGGAGAUGGCGCGGGCCAAGGACACCAAGGAACGCAUGGCUGGUGUCGAGCGGCUUCACCACUACCUCGAAACCUCCCGGAAAACCCUCUCGGCCUCCGAUGUCACCGCCCUUGUCGAUUGUUGCAUGGAUCUCCUCAAGGAUAACAACUUUCGGGUCUCUCAGGGCGGUCUUCAGGCGUUGUCGUCUGCUGCUGUGCUUGCUGGUGAACACCUUAAGCUUCAUCUCAACGCGCUUGUGCCUGCUGUCGUUGAGAGGCUUGGGGAUGGGAAGCAGCCUGUUAGGGAUGCUGCUCGCCAGCUUCUCAUCACUCUCAUGGAGGUCUCCUCCCCAACCAUUAUUGUUGAAAGGGCUGGGAGUUAUGCUUGGACUCACAAGAGCUGGAGAGUUCGGGAAGAGUUUGCUCGUACUGUUGCGACUGCUGUUGGCCUGUUUGCUUCGACAGAGCCCACACUGCAGAGGGUUUUACUACCUCCUGUUUUGCAGUUGUUAAAUGACUCAAACAAUAGUGUAAGAGAAGCUGCAACUACAUGCCUUGAGGAGUUGUACACACAUGUUGGAUCUCAAUUGCGGGAAGAACUCCAGCGCCAUCAUCUUCCUUCAUCAAUGAUGAAAGAGAUAGAUGCCAGGCUAGAGAAAAUAGAACCAAAGGCUCGCCAAUCAGAUGGACUUGGAAGCCGUUUUGCAUCUGCUGAAGCAAAAUCAUUCAAUUUUAGUCAGAAAAGAAGCAGCCCCAAAGCGAAGAGCACACCAAGGGAAACCUUGUUCUCUGGAGGAGAGAGUGAUGUUACUGAAAAGCCGGUGGAUCCUAUCAAAGUCUUUUCAGAGAAGGAAUUGAUCAGGGAAUUUGAGAGAAUUGCAUCUACUUUAGUACCAGAGAAAGACUGGUCUCUCCGAAUAGCUGCAAUGCAAAGAGUUGAAGGCCUGGUGUUUGGAGGUGCAGCUGAUUAUCCGUCAUUUCCUAUGCUAUUGAAGCAACUUGUUCCCCCAUUGAGCACUCAGCUAUCUGAUCGACGUUCUAGCGUUGUGAAACAGGCUUGCCAUUUGUUGAACUUAUUAUCAAAGGAACUUUUGGGUGAUUUUGAGGCUUGUGCUGAGAUGUUUAUUCCGGUUCUGUUUAAACUUGUUGUGAUAACUGUUCUUGUGAUUGCGGAGUCUGCGGACAACUGCAUAAAAACAAUGCUCCGAAACUGCAAGGUCGCACGAGUUCUUCCUCGGAUAGCUGAUUCUGCUAAAAAUGAUAGGAGUGCAAUUCUUCGUGCCAGAUGUUGUGAAUAUGCACUGCUGAUACUGGAGUAUUGGGCUGAUGCUCCAGAAAUUCAGCGAUCGGCUGAUCUUUAUGAAGAUCUUAUUAAGUGUUGUGUUGCAGAUGCAAUGAGUGAGGUGCGUUCAACUGCACGGGCAUGCUACCGGUUGUUCACAAAAACUUGGCCUGAGCGUUCUCGUCGUCUUUUCUUAUCCUUUGAUCCUGUCAUUCAAAGGGUGAUAAAUGAUGAAGAUGGAGGUGUGCACAAAAGAUAUGCUUCUCCUUCACUUCGUGAUAGAGGGGUGCAGCUAUCCCGUGCUCAAUCACAUGGAGCUACUCCGAGUCUUCCUGGGUAUGGAACAUCUGCUAUUGUUGCAAUGGACAAGAGUACAAGUACGUUCUCAGGGUCAUCUAUUUCUGCUAGCAAUCUGCUUUUAUCACAAAACAAACCACUUGGUAAAGGUUCUGAAAGAAGCCUUGAGAGUGUGCUCAAUGCAAGCAAGCAGAAGGUUUCAGCAAUCGAAAGUUUGUUGAGAGGUGUAAACCUCUCUGACAAGCAAAAUUCUACAGUUGUACGUUCAAGCAGUCUGGAUCUAGGGGUUGAUCCGCCAUCUUCUCGAGAUCCACCUUUCCCAUCUGCUGUGCCUGCUACAAAUCAUCUGCUAUUACAAAGCGCUGAUACAAAUUUAGCUAAUAACGCAAGAGGGAGUCUAAGAAAUGGUGGUUUUUCGACUGAUCUUGUCUCAUCUCAGAUUCAAGCCUCAAGAGAGCCGAACAAGUUAUCUUAUCUCAGUCAUUCAGCUGAUUCCUUGUCAGCUCUGUCAUUACCAUACCCUGGUAGAAGGUCUUCUGAACGGCUGCAAGAAGGAGGUGCUUUUGAAGAUCAUAAUGAUGUCAGAUAUGCGAGAAGGUUUACCAAUUUUCAAGCUGAAAAGCAAUAUUUGGAUACGCCAUAUAGAGAUGCUGGCUACCGGGAUUUGCAUAAUAGUUAUAUUCCUAACUUUCAAAGGCCACUAAGAAAGCAAGUUACAAGCCGUCCUUCUGGAAGUAGUAGAACUAGCUUUGAUGAUAGCCAACUUGCACUGAAUGAUAUGGCUAGUUAUAUGGAUGGCCCAGCAUCUCUCAAUGAUGCACUUACUGAGGGCUUGAGUCCAAGUUCAGAUUGGAUAGCUAGGGUGUCUGCAUUUAAUUAUAUCCGUACCUUGAUACAGCAAGGUCCGAAAGGUAUUCAAGAAAUCACCCAGAGUUUUGAGAAGGUCAUGAAAUUGUUUUUUCAACAUUUGGAUGAUCCUCAUCACAAGGUUGCACAGGCAGCUCUUUCAACACUUGCAGAGAUUAUCCCAUCUUGCAGAAAACCUUUUGAGAGUUAUCUUGAAAGGAUCCUUCCACAUGUCUUUUCCAGAUUAAUUGACCCUAAAGAACUAGUUAGGCAACCAUGCUCAACGACACUGGAUAUUGUCGGUAAGACUUAUGGUAUUGAAUCCCUGCUACCUGCUCUUCUCCGUUCGCUGGAUGAACAAAGGUCUCCAAAAGCAAAACUAGCUGUCAUCGAGUUUGCAAACAACUCUUUCAACAAGCAUGCAAUGAAUUCCGAAAGUUACAUCAAUACUGGUUUUCUUAAGCUGUGGCUUGCAAAGUUAGCACCAUUGGUAAACGACAAAAAUACCAAAUUGAAAGAGGCAGCUAUCACUGGUAUCAUAUCAGUUUAUUCACAUUUUGAUUCGGCAUCAGUGUUGAACUUUAUUCUCAGCCUCUCAGUUGAAGAGCAGAAUUCCUUGAGACGUGCGCUUAAACAGUAUACCCCACGGAUAGAGGUUGAUUUAGUCAAUUUCCUUCAAAACAAAAAAGAGAAACAGCGUUCCAAAUCUUUCUAUGACCAAUCAGAUGUUGUGGGAACCUCUUCAGAUGAUGGAUAUGCUGGAAUGCCCAAAAAAGGCCACUCUUUUGGAAGAUAUUCUGCCGGUUCGGUUGAUAGCGAAGGUGGGAGGAAGUGGAAUUCAAUGCAAGAAUCCACACAAAUUACUGGUUCUAUUGUUCAGGCAGCUUCAGAUGACGCUGCACAACUUUUUCAUCAAAACUUGGAGCCCAGCUCUGACUCUGAAGUUAUUGGUCCCAAAAUCAAAGAUCUAAAAUUCAACACAGGCAUCACUGUGGAGAACACUGGAUUGUGGAUUAACCAUCCAGAAAAGGCUGAUCAAAGCUUGGGAGUUGAGAGCCCUUCAACAACUCCUCGUCUGGAUAUUGGUAUACUGUUAAACAGUGAUGCGCAGAAAGCUCUUGGAACCGUCGAUGGCAAUGCUAUUCAAAGCACAGAGCUCAACCAAGAGAAUCUCCUUUCAACAAAGAUGCACACCUUUGCAGAUAAUGGACCUAGCAUUCCUCAAUUGCUUCAUCAAAUUUGUAAUGGGAAUGACGAGAAUUCAAGUUCUAUGAAACACGAAGCACUGCAGCAAUUGGUUAAGGCUUCUUUGGGCAAUGAUCAUUCUGUCUGGACCAAGUACUUCAACCAGAUCUUAACCACCGUGCUUGAAGUUUUGGAUGAUCCUAAUUCAUCCACAAGGGAGCUUUCUCUUUCUUUGAUAGGUGAAAUGCUGAAUAAUCAGAAAUUGGCUAUGGAAGAUUCUGUUGAGAUAGUUGUGGAAAAAUUGCUUCAUGCAACUAAGGAUCCGGUGGCUAAGGUUUCCAAUGAAGCACACAGCUGCUUAACAAAAAUAUUAGCUCAGUAUGAUCCAUUUAGAUGUCUUACGGUUGUUGUCCCUUUAUUGGUCAGUGAUGAUGAGAAAACCCUUGUUAUAUGCAUCAAUUGUUUAACCAAGCUUGUGGGACGGCUUUCACAAGAGGAAUUGAUGACUCAAUUGCCUUCUUUCCUUCCUGGACUUUUUGAUGCAUUUCGUAACCAGAGUCCAGAUGUCCGCAAGACUGUUGUGUUCUGUUUAGUCGAUAUCUAUAUCAUGCUCGGCAAGGCAUUCUUACCAUACUUGGAAGGUCUCAAUAGCACACAACUCCGGUUGGUAACCAUCUAUGCGAACCGGAUUUCUCAGGCAAGAUCCGGAGCUCCUAUUGAUACUAACCCUUAACGUAUCUGUAUUUUUUUUAAUCCGAGUGCAAUCUGGUUUGUGUGUGUUGAUUAGUGUAUUUUGUAUAGUGCAUUAGAUGCCCCAUCUAAAUGGGAUGAUGAGUGUUUGAGUUGUCUCAGAGUGAAGUUUGAGUAUUCUUUUUUGAGGGUCCUGAGGUUUGAGAUUUGUUCAUGUACCGGAGAGGAGGGGGUUUCUAUGAGUUUGUCAAUAAUUAUUUCUAUUUGUAAAACAAUUACUUGUUCAAAUGAUUGCAGUUUUUAGACUUUGUAAUGUUGUUUCAA